AUUAACUUGGAAAUAGUUUUAAUUCAGUUUAUAUCUUCAAUUUGGUCGAAAGUAGUUGGAUUUCAUUAACUGUGAUUAGUUGAUUGUAGAAAGAAAUUUAAUUUUCAUCAUAAUGACUGACCAAAGGUCAAUCAAUGUGAACGGGGUUCCAGCGGUGGAAUCGAGAAAUUUAAUGUUAUCUUAUCGAAAUCGAGGUCAAACCAAUACGAUUCUCGAUCGAUUUCAUCUUAAAAUUCCGAGCGGAAGUGUUUACUCAUUGAUCGGACCUUCGGGUUGUGGUAAGACAACUUAUUUGAGGUCGAUUAUUGGCCUGAAAAAGUUGGACUCUGGUGAGACACGAAUCUUUGGUUUUCCAUUAGGUCAUCGAUCACUGGACAUUCCAGGUCGAGAUUUAGGUUAUAUGCCUCAAGAAACGGCUCUAAAUGAUGACCUGACGAUCAGUGAGAUGAUCAAUUACUUUGGUAACUUAUAUGGUGUCCAAAGGAAAGAGUUGAAAUCCCGGUCACUUUUAUUGUGUAAACGAUUAGGGUUACCGGACAUUAACCGACCGGUAGCUCGUCUGAGCGGUGGACAACAGCGUCGAGUCUCAUUCAUUUGUACCUUGAUACAUUCGCCGCGAUUAAUGAUCCUCGAUGAGCCCACGGUGGGUUGUGAUCCUUUAAUCAUUGAGACAAUGUGGGAAUGUGUCUUUGAAAUUGCCCGAUCAGCGGGUACAACGGUUAUCGUGACGACCCAUUACCUGGAAGAGGCCAGAAAAACCGAUAUGAUCGGUUUCAUGAGAAAAGGUCACCUUUUAGCCCAAGGUGAACCGAGUAAAAUUCUUGACCGUUACCAAGUUGACUCAAUUGAAAAGGCUUUCGCAAAGAUGGUCAAGCAAGAUAAGGUCAGAAAAAGUUUAGCCGUUCCUACGGGCUCAUUGCCGACAUUUGCUCGACGACCCUCAUCGAUUGCGCCUCGACCUUUGUUCACUCGAACCAAUGUUAUCAGUCAAAUUUCCCGUUACAUUCAAGUAUCUCAGGCUGUUUUCCAUCGGGUUGCUCUUCGAUACACUAAGAUAAAACUUCACCUUUUUGGAUCGACAAUUUUGACCUUACUACUUGUCGGUCUUGCAGCCAUUUGCUUGGGACCAACUCCUCAUGGCCUCAAAGUGGGCUACAUCAACAAUGAACAACCAGUUAACUAUUCGUACUCGUUUGUUAACUCAAUUAACACCCAUGUUAUUAACCUAAUCGCUUACAAUAAUAGUGAGUCCGCUCAUUAUGAUAUGGAAGAGGCCAGAAUUCAUGGUUACUUUACUGUAUCGGCGGGUUACACUGACGAAAUGAUCUCACUGAUGACCUUUCAAAAACCUCCUUCUGAAGUUCAUCCAGAUCGAGAUUCUAAAGGAAUCGUAACUUUCCACCAAUCACAUGAAGAUUUAAUCUCAGAUACGAUUGAACACUUUCUAAAUAAAGCGCUGAACAUUUCGGCCUGGAGGUUAUCACGGCGGGUACUUCAUCACCCAAAAAGAGCUCAAGCUCCGCUGAUUGUAGUAAAUUCAAUAGCUGAACCCGAAUUGGAUGAAGACAUUUUCAACUCGCGAAAUUUUUUCAUCCAGGUUAACACAAUGUUCUGGUCAUUUGCGGUCAAUUUGUACUUUUCAAUCUUCACCUUUCACCGAGACUAUUCAGAUUCCCUUUAUGAACGAAGCCAUUCAGCCGGUUCAACGCCAACACAAUUCCUAUUGAGUCACUUAAUUGUCUCAAUUUUCAUACCCGCUUUCAAUUGUUUGCCAGUGUUAAUAUUGAUCAUCGUUACCUUUGGUGCCACCGCUAAAGGAUCAAUACUUUUAACGGCUCUCAUUUAUUGGAUCAAUAAUGUGGCCGCAAUUGUGACCGCUUUCAUCAUGGCCACAAUGAAAUUGGAUGUUUUCUUUAUCCUUGUUUUCGCUGGGGCUUAUUGUUUCGUCACCAUGUUUCUAGGAGCUGCCCAGUGGUCAACCAUAAGUUUGCCCUAUUUUCUUAAACCAGUGACCUGGAUUUUUCCCAAUAUAAUCAAUAAUCCGGCCAUGAUCAGGGUCAUGGUCCACGGGGACGGACUCGAUUCGUCCCAAGUUUACCUCCAAUUUUGUACACUUUUGGCUAUAUAACUUUAAUCUUGUUCAUUUUAAGGUUUCAACUUUAAUCAAACUCUUAAUUGUAAAUAAUCAAAGUUGAUUCAUGAAAAAAAAAAUCUGAAACUCAACUGAAAACUCAUAAACUAAUUUCCUGUUAUUUUAUCAAAAUAAAUCCACUGACCAAUGGUAAGUUAAUUGUCAACAAUUAACAUGAACAAGGAAAAGGAAAAACAAAUUGAUUAAAUGUUGAUAAUUACCAUUGGAACCAUUUCCUGGUUUUAAACCCCUGAGGCUUUAAUUUCAACUCUCUAAUCAUUUAAUGAUUUAAUUUCAUUUUCCAAAUUAAUUAUGAUCAUGAUGAUAAUCAAAUGCCAACAAAAGUAGGUCACUAAUUAAAUGAUUGAUCUUCAAUAAAUUGAAACAUUUUGUUAAUUGUAAAAAUUGUAAAAAAGUGACUUAACCAGUUAAGAGAUGGCAGCAGUUGAAAUCAACUGAAAAGGUUAACAAUUAACUUAAUCAAAUCCCCUUUGCAAGGAUUAAAUCAAUUUAAAUUGUUAAAGAUAUUAUAAUUAGAGUGUAAUUAAUGAUUGGAUUAUGCAAAUUGAUAAUUUAUUAGAAUCAAAUUCAACUCGUAAUCGCGAUGGAAAUGAUGAAAUUAAUAUUCUGCUAAUAUUUUGUUUUAUUUUCAUUUUAAUUGUUGGUUUAAUUGUUAUUUUCGUCCCGCUAUCAAAGUAUUUAUUUCAUUUGAUCUACAAAUUAUUAAGGGGAAAAGGUGAAAGUUUAAAAUCAACCGAUAAAUUUAGUGCUAAAGAACAUCAAUCAAAAGCGUUCAUCGAUUUACAUACAUUUUCGUUAUAUGGAUCACCGGUAUUUAUGAAGUCAGAAACUCGA